AUGAGAAAAUGCUUACUCAAAUAUAAACCUCAUAAUACGCAUUUCAUAUGGUCAGAGUUCGAUCUCUAAUUGAAAACCUACAUCUUCAGAAUUAAUGAUUUAUUCAAGGAUUUACAAUGUUAAUUACAUGAUCAUGACUCAAUUAUAGCCAUUUGCAUAGAUUCGAAUUGCGAGGAAUAUCAACACAUCUUAUGUUUAAAAUGUAUAAUAAAUGAUCAUCAGCAUGAGUCCCAGAAUAUUUUAGUUAUCAAAGAAAUUGUGAAUAAAAGAGACAAACUAUUUAGAUUGAUUAAAUAUCUUCACAACUAGGAAAACAGUUGUCGUCAUAUCAACUUACAUGAGUAUACAUGGUUAUAAGAUUGCAUUCUGAGUGGCAAAGAGAGUCCAUAUCCUUCUUUAACAUUCGACAAUGUAUUUCUAACAGUCUAAGAUGCAUUCCUAGCAAACAUGGAUGAUCUCAAAUCACAAGUGGAAAAGAGUGUGCAUUCACUUCAAGAUAAUUCUCAGAAGUACAAGAAGAUUUAAUAAUUCAAACAAAAAAUGCAAGAUUUAAUUAAGACUACACAUUCAUAAAUUUAUCUAAAUUUCCAAUCUAUUUUAUAAGAAGAUAGUAAUGAAUAGAAAUCAACAGAUGUUAAAUCAAUGCCAUAAGCAAUCACUUUGAACUUAUCAUAAAUAGAUUAAUUAGGAGAAACCUAACAAUUGUUGUUAAAUAAAGAUAGUUUUGAAAACAUAGAUAAUUUUACAAACACUUAUGCACAAAAUAACAAUCUAACAAACACUUCCAUUUCUAAAUUCGAUGACGCUAUAAGUCCUUUGAUGCCAACACUCCAAUUCCUAGAUAAAACAACCAAGAGAAGUUUAUUAGGCAAACCGAAAGUCAAAUUUGAAGAGGGAGGCAAAAUUAUCACUAUGCAAAAGAAUACUACUAUUGUUUCACAGGAGUUGUAUUUUCAAGAUAAUAUAGAAAUACGCAUACGCAUUCUUUCAUUUCUAUCUGGCUGUCUUCAUUUUGGAUAUGUUGAAUAAACAGCCUAUGAAUUGACCAAGAAUAUUGAUAAUGUUGGUAAUUGGGCAUGUUUAUAUAAUUAAUGCAGAGAUGAUUCUAAAUUAGGAAAAUUGCAAGAGUUCUGUCUCCAAAUAGAUAGCAUCGUCGGACUAAAUUUAAACUUUGUUGAUGAUAUAGUGAGUCUGAGAUUGUUUACAAGAGAUGCUAUUUUGAUUUUAUUUUAGAAAAAGGGAUCUUUGAUGAAACAAAAACAAUACGUCUACAUGUCAUGUUUAGAAGGAUAAGUCAAAUUUGAAGUUUUAAAUUGA